GCCUAUCAUCGUCAGUGUUUCGUCCUCAAUUCCACAGUAGUUUCCAAAUAAAACACUCAACCAAAAAAUGGGCAAGGAUGAUGCGGAGACGGUAGCUUUAAAAAAAGAAUUAGAAGAUCUGAUCAACAAAUGCAAGGAAGAUCAAAAGAAACAACAAGAUACAACUUUGGAAGAAGCAUGUAGUAGUGUACCUGAUGCUCCAAAAGUCAAAUUAUCUACGAAAAAAUUACUGAAAGGACAUAUCAAUAAAGUGAAUUCGGUGCAUUAUAGUGGUGAUAGUAGGCAUUGCGUGACUGGUUCACUAGACGGAAAAUUGAUCAUUUGGGAUUCAUGGACUGGUAACAAAGUCCAAGUAAUUCCAUUACGCUCAGCAUGGGUAAUGUCGGUAGCUUUUGCGCCAUCGGGAAAUUUCGUUGCUUGCGGUGGUAUGGACAAUAUGUGCACCGUCUAUGAUGUGAACAAUCGUGAUGCGACAGGAUCAGCUAAGAUUGUUCGAGAGUUAUUAGGAUAUGAAGGAUUUCUCUCGUCCUGCAGAUUUUUGGAAGAUAAGAGAAUUAUUACUGGAUCCGGUGACAUGAAAAUCUGUAUAUGGGAUUUAGAAGCAAAUAAAAAAACUACAGACUUUUGCGCGCACGCUGGAGAUGUGGUUAGUAUUAGUUUAUCUCCGGAUGGAAACACGUAUAUUACGGGAUCGGUGGAUAGAACAUGUAAACUAUGGGAUCUAAGAGAAGAAACCGCGAAGCAAACAUUCUUUGGACAUGAAUCUGAUGUAAACUCCGUUUGUUUCCAUCCGUCGGGUCAAGGUUUUGUAACAGCUUCGGAAGAUAAAACGGCGAGAUUGUGGGAUUUAAGAUCGGAUCAGCAGUUAGCUACGUUUAAGCCUCCAAAUUCAAAUCCUGGAUUUACAUCUUGUGGUUUAUCCUUUAGCGGAAGAUUUAUAUUCUGCGGAAGUGACGACAAUACCAUUCAUAUAUGGGAUACAUUGAAGAAUCAAUACAAUGGUGAUUUAAAAGGCCAUGAAAACCGGGUAACAUCGCUUAGUGUUUCUGGAAACGGCAUGGCUGUUGCUACUUGUUCCUGGGACCAAAAUGUUAGAAUUUGGGUGUAGAACUUUGAUAAAGAUAUCAUCCAACAACAAUCUUAAAAAAAAUAUUCCAAAGUAAUAAAAGAAAAAGGUCCUAUCUUCUAUUGAUAUAUUCUUCAUAUUUUUCGGU